GAACCCGCAGUACUACCUACUGCGGUGGAAGAUACAAGGUUUGCUAGCUGCGAACACAACAAUGGAAGCCACACUAGCUGGAUAGCGCUUCGUAAUGGGGCCUCGAAUCUCAACUACCUACGUCCUGUGGUAAGGACGUCUAAGAAAGCAGCUACUGUUUCGGAAUGGCGGCAGAUUUUCAACAUUAUGUUUUAGCUGGCCAGGCAAGGGCGACUCUGGGCCGGGUCAAUUGAUUAGAUUCGAAGAAACCUAUGCGGGUGGGCUUGGCCCGGUGGGGCAUUCCCAAUUUGGCUCCCACCUCGCAGGCGACACGUUGUGUCGUCAUUCGGUGUCAUGGAUGCAUUUGUCCGUCAUUGAGGCCCUUUUUUACGAUUUGAAACAUGGUCAAUGAGCAAGGGCCCGCUUCAGAAGUGCACCCAGUCGUAAGCUGGGGCUCUCUCACGUUCGGCAGCUUCUCUCAAACUGGACCAUCCUGAAAAGCUACUUUUGUGACUCUCAGCCUCGUGUAUUCUAGGAGUUCUCUAUGGAAGCUGGGUGACAACGGGGCAAGGUAACAUGGUAGCCCCAUUUGAUUGGUCUGCCUAUCAGGCAACACUAGACAACUUAUUCCAUAGGGAGGGGGAUGCAUACCCAGCAGGUUCUAACGAGUAUGAAGAGCUCAAGGACUUCGUUGCGAGGCUAGCUAAAUUCAGGGCUGCACAAGCGAAGCGUGGUGUAGAAGAGAGCACCAGUGCGGAUGCAGAGGCUGCAGACAGGCUGGGGAUCCCAGCAAAGUUCGACACCAGGUACCGUGUGAAUGUUGGCUUGAUCACGGAUCACAAGCGGAGAGCUGCGCAACAUCGUGGCGGUUGUUCCCUUCCUGGGGAAAGAGUGGAAGAAUACAAGCAGAUGCUUGUCCUCUACGAGGACUUCCGGCAGAAGCGCCAGUUUGCCAAGCUCCUCAAGCUCCAAACCGACCGAGCAGCGCUGCCUAUCUCCUCGUUUGCGGCUGAGAUCACCGCAGCGGUCGAGAGCUCCCAGGCUGUCGUCAUCGCCGGGGACACGGGGUGUGGCAAAUCCACGCAGCUCCCGCAGCUUCUGAUGACGUCAGGAUUUAAGCAGAUUGCCGUCACGCAGCCCAGGCGGAUAGCGGCCGUCUCACUGUGUCGAAGAGUAGCGUUCGAGACGCUGAACGAGUAUGGGGACGAGAUUGCUUACAAGAUCAGGUUCGAUUCGACAAGAGGACGCGGCACAAAGGUCGUGUUCCUGACCGAGGGGGUGCUGCUGCGCGAGAUGGUGGGAGACCCAACGCUGAAGCAAUACGAGGUCCUCGUGGUGGACGAGGUCCAUGAGCGUCAUUUGAGCACCGAUCUGUUGCUGGGCCUGCUCAAGGGAAUUCUCGCGGAGCGGCCCGACUUGCGCGUGAUCCUUAUGAGCGCCACCAUCGAUCUUGCCAGGUACUCCGCCUACUUUGGCAACGCCCCGGUGGUCCAGGUCCCGGGCAGAUUGUACCCCAUUACGGUUGAGUAUUUGCCCCAACAACCGGACGACGAAAAGGCUCAAAGUUCGGCGCGGGAGGGCGGGAAACGGCGCGAGCGGCGGGGCGCGCAGCGGAUCGACGCGCGGCCGUACUUGAAGAUUCUGGAGCGGAUCGACCAGCAGUUUCCGGCGGAGCAGAGGGGGGACAUGCUCGUCUUCUUGAGCGGCAUGCAAGAGAUGACGACGGUUGCGGACGCCCUGCGGCCGUACGCAGCUCAUACGAGGCGCUGGGUGGUACUGCUGCUCCACAGCGCCCUUUCCGUGGAAGAACAGGACAAGGUGUUCGACAUCGCCCCGGACGGCGUCCGCAAGUGCGUUCUCUCGACCAACAUCGCGGAGACAAGUGUCACCAUCGACGGCAUCCGCUUCGUGGUGGACAGCGGGCGCGUCAAGGAGAUGACGCACGACGUGGCAGGCAGUCUGACGCAGAGCCUACAGGAGGGCUGGAUCAGCCGGGCGUCGGCCGAGCAGCGCGCGGGGCGCGCGGGCCGGACCGGCCCGGGCCACUGCUUUCGGCUCUACUCCCAAACUGACUUCGCCUCAUUUCCGGAGUUCACGACCCCCGAAAUUAGGCGCGUCGGAUUGGAACAACUGGUCUUACAGAUUCUCGCGCUGGGGGGGGGUGACCCCCGGAGCUUCGACUUCCUGGAUCCGCCCCCCCCGGAAAGUCUGGAGGCGGCCGUGCGGAGCUUGGUGAGCCAUGAGGCGGUGCGGGCGGCGCCGAGUUAUCUUGAGGGGGGGCGGGAGCACCUGGUGCUGACCCCCCUGGGAGAGGUGCUCUCCGGCCUCCCGGUAGACGUCCCCCUGGGCAAGAUGCUGGUGCUCGGGUCGCUGUUCCACCUGUCGGGCCCUGUCGUGGCCAUGGCGGCCGCGCUCAGCGUGCAGUCGCCUUUCAUCAGGCUGCCAGACGGGGAGGAAGGCGAUGAGGCACGUGUCGCACGCCAGUCGCUGCGGUCGGAGCACGGGGACGCAUUCACACUGGCCGCCACAUUCGGCCGCUGGAUCGCCAUCAAACGCGGCCGCGGGGGUGACGACAGCAAGGCGUCAGGCAAGUGGUGCAAAAGGCAUGGGUUAGAGGAGCAGCGCUUGUACGAGAUGGCCAAGCUGCAGCGGCAGUUCCAGGACCUUCUGACGGAGAGCGGGCUGCUGAAAAAGGCGAGGGGCGGAGGCAUGGGAGGCGGGGAGCUCCGAAGGGAUCCCUUGAAAAGAAAGCGCGAGCAGCAGCAGCGGCGCGACGCGCAGGCGCACCUGCACGAGCUUCAACGAAAGCGCGACCGCGACCGCGGCCGGAAAGUGCUCAAGCUCUCGGAACCCCUCGAAACGGAACCGGAACCGGAACCGGAACCGGACCCCGACGACGGCGCCCCGCCGGAACCCCUAGACAUCCGCAGCCUCGAGCUGAAACUGACCGUGGACCUGGAAGCAUUAGCGGAAGCGACCGGUAGAACCCUCGGCCGAAAUGACGUCAACUUGCUCAAGGUGAUCAUUGCGAGCGGUCUGUACCCAAACGUGGCGGUACCUGACCCGAACAACAGUCAGCGACGGGAGUCCGAGGCGCUUUUUCACACCAGACACGUGGCGGACGCGCGGCUGCACCCCGCGAGCGUGCUCGUGGGCGCGGAGGUGCCGCCCACCGCGCGGGAGGUGCUCGUAUAUACGACGCUGCUGGAGACGCAUAAGCUAUACGUAACGAACCUGGUCCGUUUGCCAGCGCUUCCGGCCUUGCUGCUUACCGGACAGCGAAUCCACACCACGCCCGACUGUCGGAGACUCCUGGUCGACGAUUGGCUGCUGCUGAGAAUCAAAGAAGCUCCCGACGUGGCACAGCAUGUCGUCAAGACGGCCUGCGAGCUACGGGCGUCCGUUUCGAAGCUUUUAAGGAUUCGUCUUCGGUCGCACGGGCCGGCCGCGAAGGAGAGCGCGGCCGCGGCCGCGGCUGCGGACGCUCCCGACUGGGUUCAAGAACUGGUGGAGAGCGUCCGGUCGGACGAGGAAGUCUACUCGGAUGACCUGGCAGACCGCCUCGCCCAGUUGCUCGACACGACCGUUUCUUACACGUGCGAGCGCAUCCAGCCGCAGCACGUGCCCGGCCAGUUCGCGCGCUCUAAACCCCCAAACCCCGACCGCGACUCCGCGGCCGCGCCCCUCCUCCGGGCGGCGCGUGCUGCGCUCUCGGAGGGCGACCAAAGCGCGCCUGAGGAGGGGGUGCAGGUCGCCCCGUUUCUGCGGUGGGGAAGCUUGGAGCCGUUCGAGUCGCCAUUUGUCGGGCAUUCUGUGCAUAUGCGGAAGCACUGGCAGUGUCCGGUGUGCGGGGAGAAGCUGCUGAUGAAUCUGAACGAGAUCGAGGAGCAUUUGGAAGCGCACGAGGGGGAGAGUAAGAAGGAAAUGUUCGAGCGAGCCGCAGAACGCGCGGACCACGGGAAGGGCGGACCGGACGGAGUUCGGGGUCUGGCGAAGCAAGCGUUCAACGGGGGUGAAGAAUCUGAGUCGUUGGAAGGGGAGGGAGUACGGGUUCCAGUGCAGCAAGCAGGUGAAACGAGUGGGGAAGUUGAGAACCGGAAAACGAUGGGAGACGAUGUAGGAAUGCAAGCGGGUAGCGCAGAGCCAGAGAAAAGAGAGACAGUCAGCGCGGUGCAACGGAAGCGGUAUGUUUGCGAGCAAUGCGACAGCAAGGUGUAUCUGUUUACCCCGCCGCAGGUCUUGCAGCAUAAACGGACGCACAAAUGACGCCCAGUCUGUUGCAAAGUCGUGUCUUGCGCAUUAGGUCAUCUCUUGCGCACUGAAGUGAGACUUACACAUGCUGCUAUGCGCCCAAAGGCAGCAAUUUGGGCCUUUAAAGCGGUGGUGUAUAGAGCUCUGUCGCCUUUUUGAUGGACGUCUCGUCGCGCGUGUCGACGGUCAACUGUGGCUUACCAUGAAAGAAUUGCAG